GGCCGACAACCUUAGUAACAGAAUACAAGCGCUUCUCAUUGGCUGCUUUGUUCGAGCACUCGGUCAGUAAUUAGGCAGCUUGAGUGCCAAUUAAAUGUGAGCCUCAAAAGCUCCGCCCCCUCCGACUCUGCAGAAAACAAGGGCAUUGGGUUGGUAAGUAACCCACCCCGGGUGCACUGCGAAACGGGGAUGCUGAGCACAGAGACGCGCCCCUGUCUCGGAGCAAGGCUUUUGAUGACUGCUUAUGAUCUCUAUAUAUAAUGCACUCCUGGAUGUGAAGCUGGAUCCUCGUGCACUGUGCAGAAUCCGGCUACACUGCAGCACUGGAUUGUACGCAGACUAGAAACAGCAUUGCUGCUGCUGGUGGUGUCCCCCCCCUCCAUGUGAGUGGAUGAGUCGGUCACUGCGUCUCUGCAGAACUGGAAACCAUCGCUAAGGAAUAAGCAUCCCAGUGCAGGUGAGCGAGCACCAUGCUGACGAGCAUCACAGAGGGCAUCCUGUGCUGCCUGACAGGCAAAAGUGGAAAUGUGGUGUUGCCUGUGAAGCCAUCGGGCGCUGCUCCUUCUGAUGGGUUCGAGUUUGUAGAGGUGAAGCCGGGUCGUGUUUUGCGUGUGCGUCAUGUUCUGCCUGAACGUCCUGCCAAUCCAGAGCAGGAGCAGGGUACCAGUGUUCACUGCAAGCGCAAGAUCACCGUCUACCGUAACGGCCAGCUGGUGAUUGAGAACCUGGGGGACGUGUUGCGAUCUGAGAUCCUUCAUUGCCCCAAUGGAGAUGUGGAGCAGUGCAGCACUGUGGAAGUAGAGCUCGCUGAUUACUUCACUGCUCCUUCUUCCCCAGAACCCAAACCAGCUUCUCUUCCUAUUCAGGCAUCGGACCAACAGAAACCAGCUCCACCACCGAGGCGGCGCAAGAGGAAGCCCAAGCGUACAGUUCUCAUUGACUCGGAGAGAUGUAUUAGCAGCUGUAAGGGGACGCACUCGGACGUGGCGCUCUUCUUCAUCCAUGGCGUCGGAGGCUCACUGGACAUCUGGGGUCGUCAGUUGGACUUCUUCUCCAAAUUGGGCUACGAGGUCAUCGCACCAGAUCUGGCAGGGCAUGGAGCCAGCACUGCCCCUCAGAUAGCGGCUGCUUACACUUUCUACGCCCUGGCUGAGGAUCUACGUGCCAUUUUCAAGAGAUAUGCUCGCAACCGCAACAUCCUCAUUGGCCAUUCAUAUGGGGUGUCCUUCUGCACGUUUCUGGCACACGAGUACCCAGAGCAGGUACAUAAGGUUGUGAUGAUAAAUGGUGGAGGCCCCACAGCGCUGGAGCCAAGCCUCUGCUCCAUCUUCCAGUUGCCGUCCUGUGUCCUGCACUGCUUGACGCCUUGUCUGGCGUGGAGCUUCCUCAAGGCUGGAUUUGCCAGACAGGGCGCUAAAGAGAAACAGCUGCUGAAGGAGGGCAAUGCUUUUAACGUGUCCCCGUUCGUGCUGCGGGCCAUGAUGAGCGGUCAGUACUGGCCCGAGGGAGAUGAGGUGUACCAUGCCGAGCUUACUGUCCCCAUCUUGCUUGUUCAUGGCCUUUACGACAAGUUUGUGCCCAUGGAUGAGGAUCAACGAAUGGCCGAGAUUCUCCUAUUUGCCUUCUUGAAAGUGAUCGAGGAAGGCAGCCACAUGGUUAUGAUGGAAUGCCCAGACACAGUCAACACACUUCUACAUGAGUUCUUUCUCUGGGAGCCAGACAUCACCAGAAAGGAUUGUGCAGAGGAUGCACCUGCUAUAGACACCACGACUGACGAAAGCACUGGCACACAAAAAUCCAACAAGCCUGUAAACAAAUAACCGAUUGGGACCGGUGUUUUUGUUGGGCAAACCAAUCAGAAGGCUCUUGAUGGCAAGCUGUAUGAGGUGGAGUGAUCACCCAGGCUGAAAGCUAAUUUUCUGGAGCGGAAGAUUGAGGGAUCGAGCAAGUUGCAUCAAGACAGCAAGAGCGAUUCAAGAGACUCGGCUAACGCAGGCAAGAGGAUAAAAGGAAAAGAAAAAAAACAAAACGAAAUGAAAGCAUAAACCUACUUUCAGACCAGAAAUCGUGGUUUAUUACAUUUCAUUGGUGUCAUAUCUCUCUGCUACCGUUUGGACAAAUAUCUUUUCUUCUUGUGGUGUAUCAACAAAAGAACUGAAACUCUGUCUGUUGGCUGCAGAAGUGUGAUAGCUCCAACUGGAAAGUUACAAACUGAUUUCUUUGGGACUAUGAAGGUGUCCCCAUGCUCAUGCACCCCUCGUAAAUCCAUUGUGUCAGAUCUUUCGUGAUCCACAUGAGUGCAUCAAAGCGGGGAGAGGAUACGAGCCAAAUCUCUGUCAUGUUUAACAUGCUGUAUCUGAACAUUGUUAUUUGUUCAAUGUAACACUGAUAAUUAAGAGGAAAAAUAUAGUAGUGAUAUUGUCUUCCCAUAUAACACACGCCUACAGUCUUAGGAGGAUAAAAAAAAAUAGCAGGCUGGAAAGGAAAGCAAUGAGAAACAUAAUAUUUAUAUAAUAAAUAUUUAAUUUGAAGGCA